GGCUGGUGGCUCCACGGCGUUUGGUGAUUACAGGACCUUCCGCCAGUGUGUGGGCGGGGCUAGCAGGUACAGUAAGGACUGGUGAAGAGCUUUCAAAGCCACUUACCUGAGUAUUAACAAUAAGAGCAUCUGGUAACAGUACUGUGAGGAUGACUAAUUCAGGGUGAGCAGCCACUCCAGCUGCUGGGGAUCCCCACUCCUAGGAUGCUCAGAGAACCUGCAGGAAGGGGCUGAGCAUCAUGCACUCUACAAUAGUCAGAGUAGCAGAGAUUGUCCUAACCAUCCCUCAGUGUAAAUUAACUGGGCAAAGGACAGCUGAUAUUUGUAUAUAGUAUAAUUAAUUAAUUACUACAGGUAUGCAUAAUUUAUUUUGGUUUUGGGGGUUUGUUUUGUUUUGAAUUUUUUAAAAUUUGGGUUAGACUACACUAUUUGCUAUUUUGCAUAUUUAGGUGUAGGUAAGUAGUCUUAUGUUUUAGCAAUUUAUUUGUAAAGUGUCAUAGAAAAUAUAUUGAACUGACAUCUAAAACUGCAUAAAAUCCUCUAGAUUGUAAGCUUAUUUGAGCAGGGUCCACAUCAUGCUAUUGUUCCAGUAACAUUUUGUAAUUGUCUUGUUUAUUGUUAAAUUUCCCCCCUUUAGAAAAGCUGCGGAAUAAGCUGGCGUUAUAUAUAUUUUUAUAUAUAUAUAUAUAUAUAUAUAUAUAUAUAUAUAUAUAUAGCACUACUUUUACAGCACUGUCUCUUUAUUAGACCUGAAUGCCACAAGCAUUAGCAGCAAUAUGUGUGAGGACAGAUUUGCUCUGUUAUUUGUAUUAUAGCUACAGUGAUAGUAAAAUAGUUAUAAAGGGGUGAUAGUUAACUAAAUCGGAAAUUUAGGUCAGUAAGCUGCAUUCCCACUAAUAUUUUAAACUGCAUUGUCAGUAUUUUUAGAACUAACAGUUGUAGAAAUGUAUUGGUUUAUUUUGUUGUUUUUAUGUUUGUAUCACAAUGUUCCCAAAGUCUCUGCAUUAGCCCUGUGACGUGAACAUACAGUAUUUUACAGGGAUAAUAUGAACACAAGGCUUACAUAUGAAUGGCAAUUUUCAAAAGUGCACAGAAUAUUGGUUUCAGUUGUAAUCAGGAAUUUCUGAGAUAUGUUCUUUAGGUGUUCAAAAAGCCUAUAGAAACCGGAAAUAGAGAAACGCAUAGUUUAUGCAUUAUGCGUAUAAUACACUUCACAUGGUUGGUGGCAUUCUGAAAUAUCCCUGUAAAACCUCCUUCAGUAGCAAUACUAUUUCACACUUGUAGUUUGUAGCUUGAAAAGUAAUAGUAAACUAACUUGCUUUUGUUUUUUGUAUUUUUUUCUUCUUUGCAAUCUCCUCAAAGUGUUUUAAAUUAUUUUCUAAUUAUUUACUGUUAAAUUACCCGCAUGAUGUUUCCACAUUGCUUUAAAUACCUGUAUUCGUUCAAAUUUCAGAGCAAUGAGUGAAGUUGAGCUGAGCACACGUGUGUACGUGAAGAUGAGACUCCAUGCCGCACGGUACCCACACUGCACUGUUAGUGGGGUACUUGUGGGAUGCAGAGGAAAUGGCUGCCUCAUGCUCUGUGACUGUGUGCCCAUCUGUCAUCUCUCCCCUCCACUGGCACUGAGUUUGGAAGUAGCUCUAACACAGGUACCAAAAGUCAGACAAUCAAACAAAUACUUUUUUAUUAUUUACAUUUUUUCACCUACUCCUUUACUUUUUUUUUCUUCACAUCCCUCUCUUUUUUGUGCCAAUCUAUGUAUAAGUCAUAGGAGCAUAGUGUUAACAGCCAAAUUAAUCUGUCCUCUGAUCUACGAGAUGUUUGGUCUGCUAAAUUAUGUCUUGCUUAAGGGCACAGUUGAUGUAAUGUGUCCACAAAUACAAGAGGGCUUCACCUUGUAAAAAUAUACUAAGUAAAGAAAAGAGCACUCUCAAGGAUUUUUUCAAAGUGUAUUAACGUAACGCUUCGACCCUCCUGGGUCUUUAUCAAGAUUAUAUAUAUAUAUAUAUAUAUAUAUAUAUAUAUAUAAUCAGAAUAUUUCUAAGUACUUUCAUGUAAAAUCCAACAUUUUAUUCACCUCAUUAUUUUACAAAAUGCACUAUUUUAGGGUCACUCCAAGCACCAUAGCCACUGUAGCUCAUUGAAGUAGUUAUGUUGGUAUAAUUCUAUGGACUGUAUCAUCUAUUUUUGCUAAAUAGUUUUGGAAUGGUUUGAGGAAAAAAAUUGUGCCUCUCUUCAACAUCCAAAACCUACCCCCUUCAGCAGCUGCAUUGGUAAUGCAGAAGCUACUGUAAGAUGGCAAUAAUAUGGCAAGAGUGUUUUAAAGUUGGACAGCGUCAUGCAGAUGUCCACGUGCACCAUAAUCUCUACAGUUAGCUGUAGUGAUUGUGGUGUUUAAAGUGUCUCCUUAAGUAGAAAUUCUGUUAUUUGUAGCAAAUGCAAAUCAUUGAAAAGUGUUUCCAUGUGAGCUUUGUUGGGACUCAUGAGGGGCUGUAUUAGGAUUCCUGGAAUCAUUAAGAAAUGGCAACUGUAAAAUUAUUGUUUUAUUCCUAUCACUACCAAACUCUUUAAUUUACUGUCUCAUUUUUUCUGUCAACAUUACCUAUUUUCUUACUGCUGUGUUCAUCUGUUUAACAGAUUGAUUCGUGGAGCAAUCUGCAAGGAAUGUUUAUUGCUGGUUACUACCAAGCAAAUUCUGGUCUUAAAGACAUCAGGUAUAAAUCUCUCUUAUCAUAAAUUGCUCUUUGUGUCCUCCUUUAUAUUGGGUCGAUUACACUUUGUGUCCUAAGAGGCAGUUCAUUGGUGAUUGCAAAUAAAUAAUUAAGGCUGGUUUAGUGCCUCCUUCUACGGAAAAGUCAUGACCAUAAUUUUAAUCAAAGGCUAACAAAUAGAAAUAAAUAUAGUAGAAGUGUAAUAAAUAGAAUAAAUGGGUGUGGGGGAAGUAAGAGCGAGAAAAAUGGGAAGAGUAGAUGUUCGUGGCACGUUACUUGAAGAGUUAAAGGCAAUAUGUUAUGACCAAUUUAACUUAUGCAGGUAGUAAAAUACUAAGUAUCUAAAAAAUAAAAUGCUACAACUAUAUAGCUAAAUGAAUAGUGCUGGAUUUGGAUUGGGCAUAAGAAAAGAACAUGACAAUUUUAAAAUAAAACAAUCUGAGAAACCCAUGCAAUAAAAUAAGAGUAAUGCAAUAAAGAUGCCUCAAGUAGUUGUCCAGUUAGGUAAAAACUUAGCGCCCGCAGGAGCAAAAGGUACAACGACACCAACCUCCCAGGUCGUCUGACCAGAUUUGCCUUUAGUAGUAGCAGUAGAUGGCAAUGAUAGUUCCAGCUCUUUGAAGAAUGCAAGUGCUUACGGUGUAUGAACUAUCUUCAGCACAACACUAUUGUGCUCUGCUAUCAAAGAUUUAGGAUUCCCCCACCUGAUCUUUCCCAGAUUUGCAUGGUGACAUGAUAUAGUAAGCUCAUACAGCAUAAGGUGGCCUGGGAGAUAUAAAAAGUUAGUUCUUUGCCCUUAGAAGUAUAGUAGGCUGAACUCCAAGCUAUCAUCAAGAUGGCAGACUUGUCUCUCAUAUGGCACAACUAGACUAUUACAUUAUAGGGACCUUUGCUUUGCACUCCAGGUGAUUUUGAAACUCUGAAAAGGGCGUCAAUUUGGACAACAGCAUGGUGAUGAAUAAACGACUGAUAUAAGGUAUAGGCUCUGACAUGCUUAUGGUGUCACGAAUGCCUCUAAUUUGAAUAUGCCUGUGAUGGCUGAUAACCUCCAAGCCUGUCAUUCUAGUCUGCAGUGUGUCACAGGUUUGCUGAAGGGAAACAGAGUCCCUUUCCAUGCUAGUAAUGUGGCCUCUGAGUAUGUUCAGCUUAUCAGUCAUUGUUCCAGUGUCACUUGCUAGUUUUUUCAACUCACUGUAAUAUCUCCCUUCAUGGAGCGGAUUGCGUCUUCCUUGUUCGGAAGGAGAGAAGUCAUCCAGUGCAUAGAGUACAUGCUACUCAAAAGAUGAGAAUUCCUUGGGGCACACGGCCGCCAUGUUAGCAGCAAGCCUGCUCAGGUAAUGGGACAGAUAUUCCCUGAUUUCUUGGGAUACCUCAGACGGGGAUGGGGGCAACUUCCCCAUUGGAGCAACUGUCAGGCUCUCCACCCAUCAUUUAAUUUGAAGCUCCCACCAUGGGCAUGGAGGGGACCUGUGCCAGGUUUCCCCUAUACUUUACUAGCAACUGGGCAGCAAUAGCUGGGAGCCGCAUAAGGUUGUGCAAGUGUUUAAGUCCAUAUCAGCUUUUCCAUCAACCCAUUGUGGGACAGAUUACUGAAAAUGUGUGGCGAUAAAAUAAAAAGUGGAGACCAAUAAGCCUCCCUGUAUUUUUUGCAUAUGAAAAUAAGCCAAGAGAUUCUAAGUAUUUUAAAUGCCCAAAUUAAAAAAAUAACUCUUUACAGAUCGUAGAAUCAGAUUAAUGCAGCAGAAGAAAUAGAGACAUUUUGAUUGUGUAUAUAUGACCAAAAAUGAAAUUAGCUACCAUGAUCAGGUGUGAAGGAGAAGCAUCAUAUUUAUACAUUAAAGCAUAAGACAAGUGCUGAUUAUUCCUAGAGAACAUGUAUAUUCAUAGCACCAUUUAAAAUGCUAAAAAAAAAAACUUCACUUUUAUCAUACUUUAUUUGAAAAGUGGAGAUUGAAACGGUUUGUAUUUUUAAGGAAGCCUAAAUUCAGAAAACAGUCUGGUUGUGUUUUGUUUGUUUUUACAAAGCAGAAUAUAUAACUAUAAGAACUAAUAUAGCACAUUUUAAAUCCAAGGAAAAAUCAAUUUUUAUUUUGGAAUAAAGAGUUGGGUGGUUGAACUUGUUCUUUCACUAUGUUAUUUGUAUAUAAUUUUAUUGAAAAGUCUGUAUCUAUAAUAAUCAUAAAAACCGUAACAAUUAUUAAUAAAGUAAAGUAUAUCAAUUGGAGAUACAAAAUUGACUUGUAAUCCUCUCCAAUUACAAAAUUUAGCUUUGUUUCAUUUUGUCAUCUAAAUAGAGCAUAUGGACUACGUGAUGCUCAAUUUGUUUUAAGAAAAAUAAAAGUAGUUUUCUUUGUUUUUAUUUUUUCUUUCUCAGCCCCACUUACACAGCUCUUCGAUCUGCUUCUCUGAUAACUGAGUAUCAGGAAGAUGCUGUGUUACUAAUGGUAAGUCCAAUUGUCUUUUGCUUUCUGAGUUUUGGGUUUUCUUUAGUUCAUUUGCACCCUUUUUCUAGUCGUUGUGUCUGAUCUUUUCUGUUUGUUGUUGUAGAUGAAUAAUGAGCAUCUCUCUCUCAAUACUGGUGUUCCUCCGCUCACAGUUUUACAUCAGAACAGCAGUAAGGAGUGGGUACCCAAGGAAAAAACUUUGUAAGUAACCUCUUUCUAAAUUCCCAUCAGAACAAACCCUAAACCGGUGUUCAGUAAAGCACCAAAUCACUCCUGUGAUAGCCAUAGGGUUGGUAGUAACAUUGGUGAAAUAGCUCAAUGGUUAUUAUUCCAACAAUGGUCUCUGUUUAAUAAGCUUUCCAAAUGAGUCAGUACUGUUGGAAAAUCUUCAAAAUGGCUUAUCAACAGAAGUCUCCAUUAAAAUCUAUGGAAAUUUUCUAGAUAAAUCAUUUGGAAAAAUGUUCUAACCGUAUUGCAUCAUUUGGAAAGCUAUUAAGUCAAGGCCUAAAUUAAUUCUGGGUUGCAAGUUAAACUCAGGGCAAGGGUAAGUUUUUUUAAGGUUGCUAAAGUAAUUAGUGUUAAUGAUCAUAACAACAUGUUAUACCCCAGGACAUAUUUAAAAAAUAGAAGAGGGAUUUUUCUGGUUAACUACGUUAAUAUUAUCUGGGCUAUAUUACUGUUAAAUUCCUCUAUUUCCCCCCUCUCUCUCUCCCCCCCCUCUCUCUCCUCCCCCCCUCUCUCCCCUCUCUCUCUCUCUCUCCUCUCUCUCUCUCCUCUCUCUCUUAUAUAUAUACCUCUCCCUCCUCUCCUCCCUCUCAUAUAUAUAUAUACUCUCUCUCCUCCCUCUCUCCCCCUCUCUCCCCCCUCUCUCCCCCCCCCUCUCUCCCCUCUCUCCCCCCUCUCUCCCUCUCUCCCCCUCUCUCCCCUCUCUCCCUCUCUCCCCUCUCUCUCCCCUCUCUGCUCCCUCUCUCUCCUCUCUCUCCCUCUCUCUCCCCCUCUCUCCCUCUCUCCCCCUCUCCCCUCUCUCCCUCCUGCUCCCCUCUCUCCCCUCUCUCCCCUCUCUCCCACUCUGCCCUCUCUCCCCUCUCUCCCCUCUCUCCCCUCUCCCCUCUCUCCCUCUCCCCUCUCUCCCCUCUCUCCCCUCUUUUGUGAAUGAUCAACAUUACAUAGCUUCUCUAUUCAGUAUUAAAAAUGCUACAUGAAUUCUCUCUCUUUCUCAUAUAUAUAUAUAUAUAUAUAUAGUGUUAAAUAGGGCCCUAGAAUGAGUACUGCAGAAAGCCCCAGAUUUAUUUGUUUUCCCAAGUAAGUGGGUUAAUCUCAGAAGAGCAGACAUUAGGGUAGGACCUGCCAAAGAUGGGGUGCAUUGACGUUGUGGCAGGCUUAUGAGUGUAUGAUCAUAUACUGUAAUUAAACCCCCGUUAUUUUUACCCUGAUUAGGUGUUUAGUAACAGUAUAUUAGUAUUAUUUUUUUUAGCGCCGAUACCAAUAAUCGGUGAACUUUCAGGCGGAUAGCUGAUAACUUACUGAUACUGAUUCUGUACAUUUACCAUUUUGAAAAUAUAAACUCUUUCCACACAAAUCUGAACAUAGUUAUUAUUUAUUUAUUUAUUUUGCGUUUUUUUUUUAUUAAGGUAAAUGCACAAAAUAUAUACAUGCCAGUCAGAAUUUUUUGUUUUCAAGAAUAUGUGUGUGUGUGUGUGUGUAGCGAGACGGACGCACAAUCGAUGGGCUCUGCAUACAAACUGCUAAAACUAACGUUUCCCGACGAAUAAAAAGGUUGUGAUCUUCCCUAACCGGCCCACAAGGGCCAUGGGAAGGAAAACGAGGAAGCAGAAGGUGGACAAACCAAAGCCAGGAGUAAAUAUUGGUGAUCUGUUCCACCAAGCGCAAAGUGCACAUGGAGCCAAAAUGGCCACCAACCUAGGGGAAUAUACAGAAUCCUCAGACAAUCUUCCAGGUUCCUAAACUCUGCAGAGCCUGACCCUCACUCCACCUCCCCCCCCCACCCCCCACCUCGGAACACCAAUAUAUUGGAGGUUCUGCCCCCCGCCCAUGCCUAGGGGUUACAUAGGCUAGGAAUGAGCAUACACCAAAUAGAUUAGAACCCACAGCACAUUCAACAAUUGGUUUCGGUCUCUCCGUUAUGAUUUUUCUAAAAAUUAUUAUAUUUUUGUUCAACCUGUGUUAAAAACCCUUUCAUGUAAGUCGCACUUUAAUUGCGCAAGAACGAGCCAUAAAUGAGCACAGUCAAUCUGCUGAGUUAUCACUUAAAUAUAAAAUCCCACAGACCAACAGUUUGUGUAAUGUUUAUUUAAUGAAUGCGUAGUGUGUGUGUUUUUGUGCAAUGUGUUUGUUUGGUGUGUAAAAUGGGGGGGAAAGGGGCAUUUUUAUUUAUUUAUUAUAUUCCUGGUGGGGGCCAGCAGCACUCUUACUUACUUUUCCAGCAGCUCCCCUGUCUAACUCUCGCGGCCUGUGUGCCGCGCAGAGCGUUGCCAUGGUAACCUGUGGCAACGCUCUGACGGCCGUGGGACUCGCGAGAGUUAGACAGAGCAGCUGAAGGGAGCUGCUGGGAAGGUAAGUAAGAGUGUGCUGGGCCCUCCAGGACCCUGAUGGCGGCCCUGGUCUGCGUUAUCGGCAAUAUCGAUAUCUUUAUUGGCAGAUACCGAUAUUGCUGAAAUGACAGAAUAUCGGCCGAUAUCGGGCAGACCAAUGAUCGGUCGAUCCCUACACUAUAUGAUCAUACAUUGCAUAAGUCUGCCACAAUGUCAAUGUACCCCAUCUUUGGCUGGUCCUACUCUAACACAGAAGGUCUGCUAUUCUGAGAUUAACAGUUACUUGGGGUAAAAAUUCCAUCUGGGGAUCUCUGCAGUACAAGGUUAAAUAGGGCCCUCAUUCCAGGGCCCUAUUUAACCUUGAUAUAGAUAUAUGUACAUUUGGUGAUCUAUAUAAAGUAUUCAGUGCAGCAGAACCAUAUUUCUAGAAAAAAAUGGUUCUAUUUGGCAGAGUGCAGUUGCGGAAGGGAGAGAAUGUAUAUGUGUGUGUACACACACUUAGAUUGCAGAGUUCGGGGUUUUGAUCCAUGUCUAUUGAAACAAGUGCCCCCCUAUAGAUACUUUGUUUUCAGAAACUAUGUUUAUUUAUUUCAGGGUAAUGUGGGGUCACUGGGAAGAAACCCAGCGAAUCACAAGGCAGCUACUCAAAGCUAAGGCAUAUCGACAUUUGGUGGAUUUUGACGCACACCUUGAUGACAUCAGAGCUGACUGGACUAAUCAGGACCUAAAUGUGGAAAUUGCACGCCUGGCUGCAGCAGCCAAUGGCAGUGCUUAAUUUGCAGGACUUCUUGGACCUUUAAUUUUGGGGUCUUUGCUUGUGGAUUUAUAUGCAACUUAAGUGUAUAUAGAAUAUGGUUACCGAAGGCAAUCCAUAUUUCAGUCUCUUAUGGGGUUAGAGUUUGAAGAUGAAGCAUCACUGGAAUGUCGGCAUAACAUGUAAAGAAUGCAUUUUGAUGCUGCUUGUAUUGAAACAUUUGAUUUUAUUAUUGAGAUAUUUAUAAUGUACUGUUUAUUCACUACCUGACUUUAUACUCUAAUAAUGUACUGCUUAUAGUAUCUGUAUGCCUGAAAACUCACAACUGUAUUCCCAAAUGGGACAUAUGUAAACAUAUUAAACCAGUUUGUGCAGCGAUCUCAGUAUAAAGCCAUAUAUGAAGAAAUAUUCAACAGAAUUUCUAAAGAAUUUAUUGGAAUGUCAAAAGUAAUUUUGUUAGGUUACUGAAAGUUUUAAGAGAGUACUGAUGACAAACUGCCUAGGAUUGUUAAAAGUAGAUGAUAGCUUUAGGUAAAGUAUUAAAUAAACCAUCAUCCGUGCUUCUCUUGUAAUGUAUACAUUAAAUAGAAUGUAGGGCUACAUAAUAUUUAAAUCCAAAUUAUUCAUAUAUGUUUUGCCUUUCACUGCUAGUUUUUUUGGGGUUUUUUUCAGCCUACAUACAAUAUCGAAGUACAGCAAAAAUUAGCUGCAUACAUUUUAGAAUAUUUUCUAAAUAAUUUUAUUAAAAGGAGAUAAACGAGGUUAACAUUGAAAGAUAAUGUUAUUUACAUCAAUAUGAUAAAACUUAGUAGAUAUACACCAAACAAAUUGGUAGAGUAUCUUUCUAGGAUUUAAAAAUAAAGAUUGGAUAUGGCUACCAUAACCACUGAUUCACUAGUAUAAAAUAACCACCACCAGGGGUUAGACAAUCAAAAUGAAACACACUAAUUGAAAUAAAUCAAUUAAAAAUACACAGGAUUCAGUGGAAAUGAGAAUGUAUAGAGCACUUCACAAUAAAUGAAAGUUAAUAUUUGCUCUCUUAUUCAAAUAUAAAUGUAUCAGCUGAUCAUGUC